AUGGCACCAGAGCAAAAGACAGCCACGAUCUCAGUCCAACAGCAUCACCCAUCAGCACAAACAAGCGUAGAAAGCUUGCCCACGGCCGGUCCAAGCACAAGAAUCAACGAUGAAGAAGCGCCUCGGUCGGCCUUCUCCAUAAUCGAGCCCCCAGCCGAGCUGGCAACAGUCACAACCCACUUCACAGACCAUUUCCCAGAACACAAUCCAGACGACAUCUUCCCAGAUGGCGGACUUCGUUCCUGGAGCGUCGUUCUCGGCUCGUUUUUACUCUUGAUGAGUAGUUUCGGGGUAAUGAAUACAACCGGUAUCCUGCAAAACUAUUUUGCAUCGCACCAAUUAUCCAAAUAUUCCCCCAGUGCAGUCGGCUGGAUUCCCGGUUUAUUCACAUUCUUCGGUCUGAGCGUCUCCGUUCAGGUUGGACCGAUGUUCGAUCGGUAUGGUCCAACUGGUAUUCUCAUUGCCGGCACGGCGAUCUAUGUCACAGGUCUGAUGCUCCUAGCUGAGAGUCAUGAGUAUUGGCAUUUUGUCUUGACGCUGGGUGUCAUGUCUGGCAUUGGAGCUGCGCUUUUGAGUACGGUUGCGUUGGCUAGUGUGCCUCAAUGGUUUGAUCGGAAGGCUGGCCUUGCGAUUGGGAUUUCGAUGGCUGGGGCGGGUCUUGGUGGUGUGCUUUUUCCGUUGAUGCUUCGGGCUGGGUUCUCUAAGCUGGGGUAUAAGUGGACAAUUAGGCUUCUGGCGUUCGUUGCGUUGGCUUUGUGUGUUGUUGCGACAUUUUUGGUCAAGGCGAGGCUGCCGAAGGGCAGGAGUAAGUCGACCGUUAAUCUGCGCUCUUUGAAAGAUGCCAGGUUUACCUGGUUGACUGUAGGAAUUUUCAGCCUUGAGCUUGUCGUUUUCGCUAGUCUGGGACUAUACCCGACCUAUGUCGUUUUGCAGGGCUUUUCGACCAACACUAGUGUUCUCCUCCUCUCCGUGCUGAACAUAGCAUCCACUGUAGGCCGCUUACUGGCCGGAGGCAUAGCCGAUCGUUACGGCAGAAUAAACACCCAGGCCGCACUCAUCGCGCUGGGAGCCGUUGCAGUCUUUGUGAUAUGGCUACCAUUCGGAAAUACCCUGGCAGGGCUAUAUACCUUCUCCUCAGUAUUCGGGCUAGCGUCAGGCUCAUUCCUGAGUCUGGCACCUGCCUGUAUUGGGCAGAUCUCAAAGGCCAGCGAAGUUGGUGGACGAUUCGGAUUAACAUAUUCCAUUGUCAGCUUUGCAACACUAAUUUGUAUCCCUAUUGGAGGUGAGAUGCUGGACAAAGUUGGCAAGAGGGCUAUGGUGGCGUAUCUGGGCAGUGUCUUGAUCGUUGCAUUGGGGAUGUUUGUCAUGGCUCGAUGGGCUUGUUUGAGUUACCGGUGGAGAUGGCAGGCGAAGAUCUGA